AUGUCUUACGCGUACCUCUUCCACUACAUCAUCAUCGGCGACACCGGGGUUGGAAAAUCAUGCCUCACUCUCCAGUUCACCGGCAAGCGCUUCCAACCUGUCCAUGACUUGACCAUCGGUGUUGAACUCGGAGUGAGGACGAUCACGAUAGACAACCAGCCAGUCAAGUUGCGAAUAUGGGACACGGCCGGUCAAGAAACCUUCAGAUCCCUCACGAGGUCUUAUUACAGAAACGCGGCGGGCGCGCUUCUUGUUUAUGAUAUAACAAGGAGGGAGACAUUCGAGCACUUGGCUAGUUGGUUGGAAGACGCUAUGCUGAAUGGAAAUGAAAAUAUGACGAUCACGCUCGUUGGAAACAAGGGUGAUCUUGCUCAUCGCCGACGGGCUGUGACCGAAGAAGAAGGCAAGCUGUUUGCGAAGGAACAUGGUUUGAUUUUCAUGGAGGCUUCUGCGAAAACUGCUCAGAAUGUUGAAGAGGCGUUUGUGGAAACAGCUGCAGCAAUAUACAAAAAGAUUAAGGAUGGAGUUAUUGACGUAUCAAACACUAAUGGAAUAACAGUGGGGGGUUCUGGAAUUCCUGGACCAUCUCCUUCUGCCUCGGCUGGAGGCUGCUGCAGUUCAAGUUAA